AUGCCCGUCAUGGAGGGAACAGAAACAAGGUCGAUGCUGAGACAGAGGAGGAGAAGAGCAGGUUCCAAAUUCCCAGGCAGGCCGCGUCACAACUUGGUCCGUCACCUAGAACGCCGCUCACCAACUCCGGAACAAGAGGCAGAAGACGCAGACGGAGAGCAGGAGCCUGCGAAUGGAAAGGAAGAGGAAGAGGAAGAGGAGGAAGAUGAGGACAAAAAAGAAGAGGAACAAAGCAACCCGGCUGGAAACAACCGAAAGGCGGAAGAGGAGGAAGAAGAAAGUGGAGGAGAAGAGGAAAAGAAGGGUGUCACCAACGGCGCGCAAAAAGAAGCCGAAUCAGCCAGUGACUCUGACGCCCCGAAAGCUCCGGGAGCUCCUGCAUCUGAAUCUGAUUCAAGUGCCAGCGAUUCCGAACAAGAACAACGACCUCCCGCAGUGACACCGCCUCCGGGAGCAGCACCGCCGGCAUCAACUCCAACAAUUCUACCAACCGCGCCACCGGCUGCCUUGAACCCGGCGGUACCGAGUAGUAUUCCACCAUCAAGGGGGUUCAUCACACUUGUCCCCGGUGCACCGCCGGCGGCAGUUCCGCCGCCAGAGUCGUCUGAUCCACCAGCUGCAACACCUUCAUCACGUCCAGUUACAACACCCCAACGAUCUCCUCCGUCUAGGCAAACUCCUUCGCUGCCACCACAAAUUUCGCAGCCAUCUACACCUCCUGCUGCAGAAACGCCAUCAGCAUCAUUACCACCACCACCACCACCACCUGCCGUGGAAAAUGCAGCCUCUGGAACCCCUCGACCGGAUCUUGUUCCAUCAAACGCACAGAUGGAGGCGACCAACAGCCCGGUCUCGGCAGCACCUGCAACUUCAGACAACAACAAUCGUAGCCUCAACAUAGGUAUCGCCUUCACGGUUGUGGCUGUUAUUGCUUUGCUGAUCGGAGCCUACAUCUUCAUCAGGAAGAGAUACAAGCGCAAGAAGAAGGUUGCGGCCGUAGCUGAGAAUAUGAACCAGAAUGCAGCCCCUACGCCUCCUGGCCCUGGGCCUAACGCAGCUGGUGGUUUCUUCCCGCGCGAAUCAGUCAUACUUAGUCAACCAAAGCGAGACACUCGCGAAAUGGAACAGGCCAUGGUCGCAACCUACCGCCAAACCAAGAUUGCAAACCGUACAACUAGGGAGAUGGAGGAGCAAAUGGUUGCUCAGUUCAUGGCAGCCAACGCCGCGAUACCGGAUCCCCAACCACUGGCCCCUCCUCCUCCCGCCAAGGGCGCCACCACGAGGAACAUGCAGGCAACAAGCUUCUACUACGAGAAGUCAAUUAACGAGCCCAACAACGAUCCCCACGACGAGCCUCCUUUCGUUCCUGCGCCACUAAGGAUAAGCACCGCUCAACGACAACCACCGGUAUCAAUAGCACGAGCUCCAUACCCAACAUCCACAUACGACAUGUAUCAGGAACUUGGCCAAGGGCCGUACCGAGAGUCAAUCAAUAUAGGGUUCCAGCCUUACAACCCAGAUAGUUACUACCAGGCGCAACCUCCACCACAGCCCCCAGCACAAUCCCAACCACAGCCCCAAAUGCUGUCCCAACAGCAGUACCAACCUCAAUACCAGCCACAGCCGGGUGGCUUGCCUCGCGCCGAGAGAGGCCCGGAUGGAAGAUACAUCGGAUAG